AUGGAUCACGGAUUUAGGAGAAACGACUUAGAAACUUCUGGGUUUCGUGAAUUCACUUCGAGUGGGGGUUGGACCAGAGGAAACGUUAUUAGUGGAGGUCCCAGUUCCGCGAUAGGACAAGCACCUCCAUCGAAUUUUUUUAAUACAGGUUUCCAGAAGUCCUCAGAGAAUACAACUGAUUGGUCGAGGAAUGUGAAUGUGAAAACGUACAAGGAAAAUGUGCGAGAGAAGCCUGGACUUGAUAUCGAUUUGAAGAAUCGGUUCACAGCUCUCAGCGAUACUUGA